UUCCCGGGGAGCCGCCGCCGCCGCCUGGGCCGAGCACACGAGGGGCGACGAUGGCCGCGGAGGAGCCCUGCCGCGGGGGGCGGGCCAGGCGCCGGCUGUGACCGAGAGCGGCGGCUGAGGGAGCCCUUCGCGGGGGCGGAGGGACCGGGACCGGGACCGCGCGCGCCUCGGGGCGCCGCCGCCGCCGCCGCUCCUGAGGGGAACCUGAGGGGAGCCUCGCUCGGGGCUGGCCUCGCAGUGCCUUGCUGAGGGGGCCUGAGGCCUUUUGUUCCCGGCCUCGGAGGGAGGGCUAGGCGAGGGCGCUGCGGCCCUUCGGCUUCGAAGCGCUUCGGGUAGCGAGCCAGGCCGGGGGCCGGAGCCGAGCCGGCCCCUUUGUCCCCCUCGGGGGUGGAUGGGCGGGCGGCGCGAGGCGGAGGCGGCCCGGAGCGCCUGAGGAGAAGCGCCCGGCCGGGGCUCAAGGUCAGCCUCUCGGGGGCCCCCUCCGCGCCUGGAGGGGCCCCGGCCGGGAGCGCUGGGUCUGCGGGCGGCCCUGGUGGUGCAGAGCGGGCUGCGGUGGCUCGGCUGGGCGCCCCGCACCAUGUUCUCGGUCCUCUCCUAUGGCAGACUGGUGGCCCGGGCCGUCCUGGGCGGCCUCUCGCAGACGGACUCCCGCGACUACAGCCUGGUGACGGCCAGCUGCGGCUUCGGCAAGGACUUCCGCAAGGGCAUCCUGAAGAAGGGCAUGUGCUACGGGGACGACGCUUGCUUCGUGGCCAGGCACCGGUCGGCUGAUGUGCUGGGUGUCGCAGAUGGUGUUGGUGGCUGGCGAGACUAUGGCGUUGACCCUUCUCAGUUCUCAGGGACUCUGAUGCGCACUUGUGAACGCUUAGUAAAGGAAGGACGGUUUGUACCCAGCAAUCCGGUUGGGAUUCUCACCGCAAGCUAUUGUGAGCUGCUGCAGAACAAAGUACCAUUGCUUGGAAGCAGCACUGCUUGCAUCGUAGUUUUAGAUCGGACGAGUCAUCGUUUACAUACGGCAAACCUGGGGGAUUCAGGCUUCUUGGUAGUCAGAGGUGGGGAAGUGGUACAUCGAUCCGAUGAACAGCAGCACUACUUCAAUACUCCGUUCCAACUGUCAAUAGCACCACCUGAAGCCGAAGGGGUUGUUUUUAGUGACAGCCCAGACGCUGCUGACAGUACGACCUUUGACGUCCAGCUAGGAGACAUCAUUCUGACAGCCACAGAUGGACUUUUUGACAACAUGCCUGACUAUAUGAUCCUCCAGGAGCUAAAGAAGCUGAAGAACUCUAAUUAUGAGAGCAUACAGCAGACAGCAAGAAGCAUUGCUGAGCAAGCUCAUGAACUGGCAUAUGAUCCAAAUUACAUGUCUCCCUUUGCACAGUUUGCAUGUGACAAUGGACUGAAUGUAAGAGGUGGAAAACCAGAUGACAUCACUGUCCUCCUUUCUAUAGUAGCCGAGUACACAGACUGACAGGCUGAAAGCAACUUUCUGGUGACUUGCAUUAUUCCAGAGUUCCCAGCUUCACAUGUACUGUUUCCUGCUGGCAGGACACCUGUCUUCGCAGCUGAUCUCAGUGGCUAUCAUGUGUUGCGUCCAUUGCCUGUUUUAAGAUUCAAUUGAGGAUUCUGUCGAGAACCACUACUGGGGUACAUCUGCCAGCAAGAAAUGAAGAAUUUCAAUACUUGAAGCUUUUCUUUUAAAAAAUGUAGUAGUAAUUAUUGCGUAGUAACAGUGGAGGGGUGUGAUAAUCAUGGUUAUGGUUCUGAAAAAAUUAAGCAUCAAAGUAUAAGUGGCUGUUCAUAAUUCAAAGCUAGAUGUACUACUGAAAAACUGAAUAACUCCUUUCUGUGAGGACAUACUAUUAUUGCUAGAAGCAGCCCACUUCUGAUCCCUGAGAGGCCCCAAGUUACAGCUGAAGGCUUGUGUUGAUAUGAACUCUUCACAGGCUUCCAAGUGCUAUGAAACUCUUGGCUCAGAUAAUGCUAGCCCAGGAGCUUCGUCUGUUACUAAAGGUGAAAAACAAAAUUAGUUUGUGAAACGUGUGUGUGAGAAAGUCAGAGUAGGGGAGGGUGUGAGUGAAGCAUGUGAUCUGUCGUACUGAUGGAAGUUCUGCAUCAUUUCUUCACAGAAUGUUGUUGCUGCUAGUUGGAUUCUUUGAGAAAUUGUUUUUCUAAAAAUCUUUCAGUUGGAAUAAAGUCUGCAGAAAGAAGCAAGACUAUUGAGAAGCUCACAUGCUUGCCUGUGCAAGUGGCAUUCGAUCGGGCUUUAUAUGCUGCAGUAGAAGCUAGACGAGGUAGGGUGGUUGACACUGAUGGUCCCCACCUCAGAAUCUUCCCUUCUGGGUUUAAGGAACUUGACAUUGUCUUUCAGUGCACAUCUGCUUGUGCUCCAGCAGCAGUUGUCACCAACAUAACGCAGAAAAUGAAAUGAGCAGCAUUCACAUUUCAGUAGCUGGCAUUGAGGGUUUCCAAAAUGGACUUUAAUGAUGUUUACAGGUAUCUAAUAGCCAUUUUUCAAUACAGCAUUUCUUUUCAUUUACACUCACAGUCCUCUUUCUUCAGUAGCUGCAAGGUCCCCUUUUUUAAUGCUCAUGUAAAAAAUCAAUAGUGUAAAGAUAUAUAUAUUUUGGUCAGUUUUUCAUAAUUUUUGCUGGUAGAAAAGUAUUUAGAAAUGAAAAGCCAUGUUUUAUAUAGCAGUUGAAUAAUGUUGACGUUUAGAUAGAUAAUAAACUUGGCCAGUGAAGCAAUCUUACCUUCUUUUUAAAAAAACGCAAAGGUGUUUUUACUGCCAGGUUUAUUAUUAUAUUAAAAAAACCCUAAGUUUGAGGUUACCUCAGCCUGUGUUAAAUAUUUUUUGUGGUUGUACUGUAUAUUUGCAUAAUUGUGUCAAGCUUUUAUUUAUAAUUGUGUCACAUGUACCAUGUACAUGUCACUAUUUCAGUGCAUCUUGCUUCUGACAGGCAUUUCAUUUAUCGUGAGAAGGGGCUGAAUCGUUUGGGAGCCAUUUUGUUCAUCUACCUUUCCUAGAAUCAGCAUCAUGAUCCCCUCCCUUAAAUCACCUUUAAUUCCUUGUCAGAAUGCCUUAACUGCCCAAAACUUGACAAAGUGGGAUUUUUUGAAAAGGACACAGGAUGGAAUAAAAUAGUGUGAUAAUUUUUUUAAAUGUGGCAAAUUAUAACUUUGCACAAACCAUUUUCAUUCCCCUUAGUUCUGAAGCUAGACAAGUUGUACCGAAGUAUCUUCAAACAGAAGGAAUGUAUUUACGCUGCAGUACUUUCCAUUGGGCUUUCUCUGCAUUAACUCUCCAGUAUUUGCUGUUGCAGUUACUCAUUAGUAUAAGCACUGAACAGUCGCUGACUUUCCCUCUUCCCAUGUUGGCCUUGACUUCUCCCAGACACGGUGCCUCCAUAGAGCAGGAAGGUUUCCCCUGCUCAGAAUUUUCUUCUGGUCCUUCUGCUACUUGAGAGGGUGGGUGGCCCUCAGCUCAACACACGGAACACCUUCUCAGUAAGUUCAGGUGGUGCUGGGCUGGUGCGCUUCAUCAUCUAUUGGUGUGGGAGAAUUUGGCUCAUAAUUCCUUGUGGCUGAUCAGGAACUCCCGGUGGAGUUUGUCAGCCUUGCUAUGCUUGGAGCAGUUUUUAGUCAGUCAGUAUGUAUAAAGCCAUUUGUCGCUCUCCACAUUUUUUUUAUGAUGAACAAAUUUGAUUUUUUAAAAAUUUGCAGAUACUGUUCCCUCUUUCCCUCCCCCACUGGACACCAAAGACCAGUACAGUUUAUAGCUUUUUUCCAUCUGUUUUUAAAGCAAUACUGUAUUAUAAAAACUAGUAUUUUUAUUGCACGCUUGAAUUUUUGUUUUUGUUUUAAGAUGUGCACUCAAACAUAUCAGAACCAGAUUUCUUCCUAUGAACUUAAGGCUGCUUGCGCACAAAUCUUUCACAAAAGGAAAAGGCAGGACUCUACUCCUUAAAAUCACCUUCACCACUAUAUGCAACACGGUAGUCUUCCCCAGGAACGAGGCUGGUGUUGCGAUAUGGCACGGAGAAGGCAUUCCACUGUGUGUCCUCUUAAAUUUUAAAUUCAUCAGUCAAGACUGAAGAAAGCUGAAACGGCAGACUUACAAUUUGUAUAGCAUUGUUCAACUUUGCUUAAUUAAUGCAGUGGCGGCCACAGGACUGGCCUGCUGGGUAUGCCCUGCAGUUGUGUUGCAAAGUCUGUAGGUUUGGCUAGGCUAAUGUGAAAUACCCAUAUUAAUGAAGGAGUCUGAAGUCCAUGGUUCCCUGUUAGUUUAGCUGUAUUUGGGAGGGCUGGUAUAUCCGGUGCCCUCCUCAAGAUCUGCUAUUUUUGCAACAACCAAAGCAAAAUACAUUUUAAAAAUAGGCUGAAAUUUGGGGCCAGAUUGGACAUAGGCAAAACUGUCUGCAGUGAGCAAAAAACAAGGGCACUGUGAUUGGAACUGCAGUCUGGGCAAUGGGUUGCUCCUCUUGGGAAACCAGACAGAAAGCAGAAUCGGGCUUUUACCUGACAAAGAUAGCUCAUCUAAUGAGAGUGCUUUUUUCCUGUUAAAUGAGACUAUCAUUACCCGUGCUUACCUGAAAGGCAGUUACGUGAAUUGGAUGUCUGAAGUAUCAUUUGUGCAAGAAUAGUAUCUGUAAAUACAUUUAAAUGAACUGUAAAGAUAUUUAAUAAAUAUAGUAUUUAUACAAUGGA